AGAGGCGUCAGUUCCAUUGAGUGAGCCAUGUCGGUAGCAGCUUCAGUUGGCAGUGGUUCCGCAAUUCUGGCUGCAGUGGUACUGUUGUUGAACUUCUUUCCAGGAUCGGUUAUCGGGCGAGAAGAUGCAGCUACGGAGACGGGUUCGAUGCCCGCGCUUUACCGGUUCGACAAUUACGGGGAGUGCAUGGAGAAUGAGGGCACCUACUGUAUGGUCCGAAGCUUGCUGAGACCUAAUCUUUCCAGUGAGCUGUGGUUACAUGUAAAGAAUUUCAGUGCCGAUGUCCGUCACUUUCGGCGCAAUCUACUGGAGCGCGGGAUUUGCAUUGACGAGUGCUUGAAACGGCUAAGUGGGCUCGGCAAAAAGCAGCGAGAUGAGUUGCUUGUGGCACCAUUUGAAGUGGAUUUUAAAUUUCGCUUCAAUAGAAAAUAUUUUCCUCGAUUACUGAACCACGAAGAGCUGUACGGAGAUGUAGUGAACGAAUGCGUGAACCAACAACUGCGGUUAACCGUCGACCUUGACGCAUACUCGGAGAUCGAAUACUGCCAGGAAUCCAACACUUUAUCUGAACCCUUGGACUUUUUCGACAUACUGUGUAUUGUAAUUAUAAGCUUCGUUUGUAGUAUAGCAGCUCUUAGUACUCUGUUCGACUACUACCUGCGCAUCAAAUCUGACAAAGAAAAUUAUUUUGAAAUCGCUCCUCAGCAAAUUGAAUAUCAGUUUGCCACUAUCUGUUCCAUUCCUCGCAAUCUAAAGACACUAACCGUUCCGCCGAAAUCCGUGCUGGGACAUGAUUUCCAGUUCAUAGAAGGUAUUCGUUUCAUUACGAUGGCAUUGAUUAUUCAUCUUCACACGACAGUUAUGUUGAUGAGUGCACCCUCCGAGCACCCGGAACAGUACGAAGAGACUCUGGACAAUCCAGUACUCGGUACCCUAUCACUGAUGACACCCAAUUUGGUCCAGUCGUUUUUCACAAUCGGUGGCAUUCUGUUGACCGUAAAUCUGUUGGAAUCUCUAGGCAAGGAAUCAGAAUGCCGCUGGAAGCUGAUAUGGGAUAAAGUGACGAAUCGGUUAAAGCGGAUUCUACCGCUGUAUUUGUUUGUCAUAUUAGUGACAGCAACCAUCUAUCGGCAUUUGAAGUUGGGGCCACUGUACGAUCGCGCCAUUGGCAUGGAAGCAAAGAACUGUCGGAUGAAUUGGUGGAUAAAUUUGCUUUUCCUAAACAAUUAUGUACUAGCCGAUGAAACGUGCGUUCAACCAAGCUGGUAUCUCAGUGCAGAUUUUCAAUUUUAUCUGUUCGGAUUGGUAGCAUUGAUUACAAUGAAACGUUAUCAGCGUUCCACCAAAUAUUGGAUCAGUUUCAUGAUCCUGCUUAACUUAAUAGGCCCUGGUAUAACGAUGUGGGCUUGGAAGCUACCUCCGGUGAUGGCAACUGGAACCAGACCAGUACUCCUAAUGUUCAGCGAUGACGAGUGGUUCUCCCGGCUGUACAAACCUUCUCACACGAGCAGUGCAGGUUAUUUCUACGGCAUACUGGCCGGAAUGGUUUAUCAUCACGCCAAGCAUUCUGAGCAAAAUCUCAUCAACCGGAAGGACUUUCGCAUAGUGAAAGCACUUUCCAUACUAGUAAUAGUUGUUUGUUACCUCCCUUGUUACCUAAUAUAUGAAACAAACUGGGAGCUCUACAGUUGGUCUAUGCCUAUUUACGGGUCCAUCGCGAAAAACUGCUGGGGAUUCCAUUGCUCAGUGUCCUUUAUUGAGUUAGCCUUGAGUCAAAAGAAUCGCCUGAAGACUGUUCUAGGACACAAAUGGCUGUUGCCACUGGGCAAACUCACCUACAGCGUUUAUCACAGUCACUAUCUGAUACUGAUGGCGUUUACCAGCAUCAUACGUGCCCCGCUUGUUAAUGACGUUUACUCGCCGAUUUUAUUCGCGGCUGUCACCCUGGUGCUGUCCUACGGUCUCGGAUUAAUAAUUUUCCUGCUAGUGGAGCAACCGGCGGCUAACUUAUUAACUAGUAAGAACAACUACAUUGAACGGAUCGGUAACUGGGUGACGCACGGUGCCAGGGAAUGUUUGAAGAGAAUAAAUAAAGUAUUGUUCUAG